AUGUCGGGCGGGCGGAGGCCGAGCGGCGGGCCGGGCGGCGGGCGAGCGGCGGUGCUGGGCGCUGUGCUGCUGUGGCUGUGCUGGCGGGCGGCGGCGGAGCGGCUCCGCUACUCCAUGGCCGAGGAGCUGCCCAGAGGCUCGCUGGUGGGGCCGCUGGCCCGGGACCUGGGGCUCAGCGCCGACGAGCUGCCGGCGCGCAAGCUGCGGCUCAGCGCGGACAAGCAAUACUUCACGGUGAGCGAGGGGAACGGGAACCUGUACGUGAGCGAGAGGCUGGACCGGGAGGAGCUGUGCGGCGAGUCGGCGUCCUGCUCGGUCAGCUUCGAGGCGCUGCUGCACAACCCACUUAAUGUUUUCCACGUCCAGGUGGACAUCCAGGACGUGAACGACAACUCCCCGUCCUUCAGAAAGGCUGUUUUGGAACUCGAGAUCGGUGAAUGGAUUGCUCCCGGGACUCGUUUUCCCCUGGAGAUGGCACGAGAUGCAGAUGUGGGCAGCAAUUCGCUGCUGACUUACGAGCUCACCAGCAACCCGUCCUUCAGUCUGGCCAUGAAGGAGAGGCAAGCCGGAAAGAAGCAGCCGGAAUUAGUGCUGGAGCGAGCGUUGGACCGGGAGAAGCAGAGCUCCUUUGAGUUGGUGCUGACCGCAGUGGAUGGCGGGGACCCAGCAAGGUCUGGGACUGUCCAGAUUCGUGUCAACGUGUCUGAUGCCAACGACAACCCACCCGUGUUCAGCAAAACAGUGUACGAGGCUCGAGUGGCGGAGAAUCUGCCGGCAGGGUCACUGGUGCUGCAGGUGCGGGCCACGGAUGCGGACGCGGGGUCCAAUGGGCGGGUCUUCUAUUCCUUCGGCGACGUCCCGGACUCCGUCAGCGCUUUAUUCUCUGUCGACAGCGAGAGCGGCGAGAUCAGGACAGUGGGUCCCCUCGACUUCGAGGAGAAGAGUAAGUACAGCUUCAGCCUGGAGGCGACGGACGGCGGAGGGUUCACUGAUCACUGCGAAGUUCAGAUAGACAUCACAGACGAGAACGACAAUGCGCCAGAGAUCACCGUUUUGUCACUGUCGAGCCCAGUGCCCGAGGACGCGCCAGUGGGCACCGUGGUUGCCCUGCUGAAAGUGCGGGACCGGGACUCCGGGGAGAACGGUGAGGUGUCGUGCGAGCUGUCGGGAGAGGCGCCGCUGUCGAUCGUGGCGUCGUCGGGCGGCUCUUACAAAGUGGUGACGGCGAGCGCGCUGGACCGCGAGCAGGCGUCCGAGCACCGCGUGACGGUGGUGGCCCGGGACCGGGGCAGCCCGGCUAUGUGGAGCAGCGCGGAGCUGUUGCUGGAGGUGUCGGACGUGAACGACAACGCGCCGGUGUUCGAGGAGGCGUCGUACAGCGCGUACGUGCGGGAGAACAACGCGGUGGGCGCGCUGGUGUUGCGCGUUGUGGCUCGGGACUUGGACGCG